AUGUCUAAAAGACCCGGUGAACAAGCUGCUAAGUUGGAUACAAAGGUGAGAAAGGUUAGUGAGGAAAUGGUUAUUGAUUCUGAGUUGAUGGCUCAUCAUCAAAAACAGCAACAUCACCACCACCAACAACAACAACAACAACAACAACAAGAGAAGAGAGUUCAAGAUACUGAUGAUAAAGAGUAUGAUCCUCGAGUAGUGAGGGGUUUGGUCGAGGAAAAAGUCACUGGUAAAGAAAACGCUGCUGCUGCUGCUGCUAAUGCCAAUGCUGCUGCCGCUGCCGCCGCUGCUGCUGCCGCCGCUGGUAGUGCUGUUGCUGUUGCUAAGGAUCAAGAGGAACAAGCACAAAAGCAACAAGCUUUUCAUCAAACCUAUCUCAAGAAUGAACAACAACAACAACAACAACAACAACAACAACAGCAGCAGCAGCAGCAGCAGCAGCAGCAGCAAUCCUCCGAUGAAAAACCAUUAGCGGAAAACGAAUCACCUUCAACACCCAACUCAGAAGCUGCUUACCGACUUUCGAUAAACUCGGAUAAACCACAACAUGGCUCAGAAGAAUGGCACAGACUUAGAAAAGCAAACCACAAAGAAGUUGAAAGGAAAAGAAGAGAAGCUAUCAAUAUAGGAAUCAAGGAAUUGGCUGAAUUGAUUCCAACAAGAGAUACCAACAAAACUCAAAUUUUACAAAGAGCUGUUGAGUAUAUCAAAAGAUUAAAAGAGAAUGAAAAUAAUAACAUUGAAAAAUGGACUUUAGAAAAAUUAUUAACCGAACAAGCUGUUUCAGAAUUGAGUGCAUCUAAUGAAAAGUUGAAACAGGAGUUGGAGCGGGCUUAUAGGGAGAUUGAACAUUUGAAGGACAGCCAUAAGUAA